AUGGCGGUCCCAAGCAGCCAGGCAAGCGCGCGAGAGCUUGUGAGAAAGAUCACAAAGGAUCAUGGCUUCGUUAGCCCCGAUAGGCUCGAGCAGCUCGAGUCCUUCGACCCAGAACUGCGACGCGAGAUCGAAGAGGCAUUGCUAACGAAAGAUAAGAUGAUAGGAUCAAGUGUGUUGACACUGGCAACAAAUCUCUACACAAGCAAAGCUCGUUUCAUCUUUGAGCUAUUACAGAAUGCCGACGACAACACUUAUUCCAAAGCCCUAGGAUCGGGCGAUAUUCCUUAUCUGUCGUUUCGAGUGCAUCCGCGUUGUAUCGUCGUCGAAUGCAACGAAGAUGGCUUUACUGAUAAGAAUCUUGCGGCCAUCUGCUCUAUCGGCAAAAGUUCCAAGGUUGGGGGACAGGGCUAUAUUGGAGAGAAAGGAAUAGGCUUCAAGUCUGUUUUUAUGGCCGCUUCGAAAGUCCACAUUCAAUCUGGGGCCUUCUCCUUCUCUUUCAAGCACAAGCAGGGAGACUCGGGAAUGGGGAUGAUCUCUCCAUUGUGGGAAGAGAUCGACGAGGAGCUUCCAUCGCCGUUGACCAGAUUUACGCUCCUUCUGCACGAUGACGGGGGUCCAGCAAUGCGUGCGAAAAUGAGGCAGUCCAUUGAAGCUCAGUUUGAAGAGUUGCAAGAGAACCUAUUACUAUUCAUGAAGAAUCUAAAAAAACUACACGUAGUUUUCUGCGACGAGACGUCACAAGAGAUAUCCUCUACGGUCUUCUCGAUCGAACGUCCACGGCUUACUUACGCAGUGUUGAGGAAGAAGAAAACGAGUAAUGGGGCAACUGAAGAAACCACGAACCUUGCUAAGAACGAAAACCGAACCUACUCGGAAAUGGAGGAAAUAACUCGUGGUUAUGCCAAAUCCCAGAUCAUACUGGCUUUUCCUCUGUCGGAGUCGCAGGUCCCUAUUAUUGAGCCGCAAGAUCUAUUCGUAUUUCUUCCCGUGCGACCAGUUGGCUUCAAGUUCUUGAUCCAAGCCGAUUUCGUCACGGAUGCCAACCGACAAGAUGUUGUUAAAGAUUCUCUUCGGAAUUCUCAACUCGUUGAUUCAGUGGCUGAGGGUUUCAUCAAAGCGGUACUGCAAUUUUGCGAGCACGAUACUUUACGCUUUCAGUGGAUGAAAUACUUGCCCGACAAGGAGAGCAAGAACAAGAACGAGUGGCGUGGGCUGUGGCUUUCUUUGGUCGAAUCGAUCGAGCGCCGACUCGGUCAGGCGCCAAUUCUCUUUAGUCGGGAAAGUCUUAGCCCACGCUUGUUCUCCGAUCUUUGUCGACUGAAGGUAGGUUGGCUCGAUGAGUUCGAAACCCCGCUCUUCGAUGACGAGAGCCCUGGAAAAGUCAUAUCCCAUUCCUACCACCGAACGGAUCUCAACAUAUUAACGGAUUAUGGACUUCGCUGGGCCACAGUCGCCGACAUCAUGGGAUGGGUGACGAGAGAUCUACAACGCGGCACCCUGUCGCGAAUCAGAUCGUCUUCAAUGUCAGAUGACUGGCACUCGCGGGUUGCAAGACUACUGAACUUGCCUUUCAAGCAGGAUACAUGGACUAGUCGGCAGCGGGAACUCAAAAGGCUUCCCCUUAUACCUCUUGCAGACGGUACUUGGGCAUCCACGGAACAAGCCCCUAUCUAUUUCCAUAACAUAAACCACCUGAAAAUCCCAUCCAAUAUCAAUCUUCGGCUUGUUGCGAGAGAUGUAGUGAACGCUGACCGAAUAACGCUUUUCGAGAAUCUUGGUGUCAAGAUGGCUUCAAUUUCCCUCGUGCGAGAGUCGAUCUUUAAAUUUCAUAACUCGAACGACCCUGACCUUGAGACGUCGAAGUGCCACUUAGAGUUUCUUUACUUGACAAAGAGCGAAGUUAAACAUGUGUCGGAACCUUUCGAGGAACUCAAAGUUCUCAAUCAAGAUAUGACGGCCGUUUCGCCUGCUUCAACGUACAUGUAUAUUGUCAAUGACGAUUUGUAUGGUCCUUGGGAGCUGUUCCGAAAGACAGUCGAAGGGGACAAUCCAGGCGACGGAGCACCAGGGUGGGAUGCUAAUUUCGUUCACCAGGAAUAUUUUCACAACCCUCCCGUUGACACUGAAGACACGACAUGGGUAGACUGGUUCUACUCUAAGCUUGAGGUAGAAAGGUAUGUAAAACUUCAGCUUCGACGAAAUGUGAGAGAUUACAUUCAGAGGUAUAGACCGGAGAAAUACCUUGGCUCUCUUCAGGUGUCUUAUCAGCACAAUACGCGCCUCACACCAGAAUUUAUUGAGACUAUUCGAGAUUCCAUCGUCUUGUGUCGGGGAAACCGCCAGCUACCACUGAAGGAGACAUUCUUCCCGACAACAGAACUAAUGAAACGCACCGAAAAGUUUCUUGGGCAGGGUGUGUUCUUCCCAUGGCUACAGCUCGAAUUUGAGAACGACUCGAGCAACAUCCCGCCGAGAUGGAAGUCAUUACUUGACACUCUUCAAGUUUCAAUAGCUCGUAGCGAUGUUGAUUUUGCGUUGAGCAUGCUGAAAUCAUUGUUGGGAGCAUUCCCAGGCGAGGUCGCUGUUUCAGAUACUACUCGACUGUUUGAGCUAUACGACCACAUACAAGAGAGAUACUGGGCGAGUGAGAGCCGUGUGGAUAAAAAGCAGAUAAUCAGGGCUGUGUUCUCAGAACAACCGUGCAUCUAUAUCCCACGCUCUCCAUCCUCCUACACCUGGACUUUGCCAGACUGUUGUAUAUGGGAUGCUCCCCAAAAAAUGACGACCAAGUUUGUCUUGAAGAGGCUGUACAGGAGCUGCUUUUGCAAAGAUGGUGCUAAAUGUCCUCAUUUCUCCACAUUCUUCACUGAGACGCUCGGUAUCCAAGAAUCUUGCACAUGGCAAGACUACGUCGAGGAGCUCAAGGCUCUAAAACAAAACGACUGCAACGAUGUUGAUGCCAUCACGGGCAUCUAUGAGGCGAUCAACGCCUUAGAGCAACGAACUAUUGACAAUGUCGCUAUACGUCAAGAAUUUGAGAUGGGUGCUCUCAUAUAUGCAUCUGUGGACGACCUUCCUCCAUGGCACACGCCUUCUCAGUGUAUCUGGUCAAAAGCAGCACGACUGAGGGGGAAAGUCUCGCUGAAUGAAGAUUAUGAAGAUCUAGAAAGGCUGUUCACACAAGUCCUCGAUGUCAAACAGGUAGAUUUAAUGAUGGCUAUUGACGAACUAAAGCACACAGGUAGUCGACCCUCAGUUAUGGUGCCGGAUGUGAAAGAGUUGAUCUGGACUGUCAAUUCAUUGCUGUCCGCUGAGUCAAACCUCCCCGACCCUUCAGCUAUUUUAAAUUGCUCUAUUUUCCCCGUCCGGUACCCUCACGGGGAUGUAACAUGUAGUUCAGUUUCCACCGAGUUCUUCAUAGUGGAUCGUGAGCAACUGAGACAAAACUUCUCCACCAAAGUCAAAUUCCUCGAUUUCAGCCUCGAGGAUGUGGUUCGAUUGCGCCAUUUCCUUCAUUGGGCGCGACUCCAGAAUCGUUACCUUUCCGAGUGCGUUAAAGAGGUGACGUCAUUCCCUGGAGAAGGAGCCAGUCCAAUUUCGAGUCUAGAUGUUCAAAUAAGAUACAGAGCUCAUCCGUUGCUCAGAAUUGCCUGCCACUACAACAGCCCUCGUUCAAAGUCCAGUAGAGAUAUAUACUGCCUUUACGACGCUCUACAUAAUGCGAAGCUCUACGAGACGGAUGGAAUUUUCUCAAAUCUUCAAGUUAUCCAGGACGGGAAAGCUCAACAAGUCGAAAGCUCAAGGACCACUAUACACCUCGACGAGGAUCAUUCUGGGCUCAAUGUCUAUUUACCUCGCGGCAAAGACAAGCAGAAGAUGGUGAACACGCAACAAGAGAUAUAUUGCUCUCACCUUAUUCCGAACUCUCCACACGCCUUGGAUGAGAAUGGAAUAGCAACAAUACAUAUCGAUAAUACUGACGCGUCGAUAUUACCAGAGCCGGGGUCGCCGUCAACGCUUACAGACACUGUCCCUGAUGGCAUCCAUGAUCUUGACCUUAGCGAUCAUGAUAACGAAAAUGAGGCAUCCAACACUAGUACCUCCGACACAGAGACGUUGCGUGACACUGCUGCUUCAAGAAGAACUAGCCCCGCCAGAUUGCCGGGAUCGAUAUCUUACGCUCAGAACCCCUUCAGAGAACAUAUCCUGUCGCCGUGUUUCGAACCUGCUACAAUCACUCGGAAUAGUGCCACUGAUCAACACUACGUCGCUAUCUUAAACAGAGUGAUUGCGGCGGGGAGACGAGACAGCCUCCCAGUUCAUGGUGAUCUCAAUUCGCGGCAACAACCCAGCUCCUACCAUACUGAACUACUGUUGGGUUUACGCUCUCCCAGUCAGAUCGAGCGGGACUGUAAAGUUGGUGCUGCAGGGGAACUAUAUGUUUUCGAAUUGCUCUCGCACCUUUCUGAAGUUGAUGGAUUACCCGGAUUCUCUAGGGACAAUUGGAAGAGCAACAUGAGGAAAUACGUGACCAUCCAUCCGGAAUAUACUGGUAUGGGUGAAUGGCGGGGUCGGGAGACUUCCGACAUUACUUACUCGGACAUUCAGAGUAAGCUGACAACAGAGCUCAUUGAGAAGGGCUACCUCCCUCGAAAUACAUGGGAAGGGAAAUAUCCAAAUUAUUUUAUCGAGGUGAAAACGACUACUAGCUCUUGUGAGACGCCUUUCUACAUAAGCAAUACUAUAUAUGUCAUCUUCCGCGUGUAUUGGUUAGGCCAAAAGGACAUGGGUCUUGCGAUUUACCUCGACCCAGAGUCCCUUAAAAGGUCAGGACAUUUGAAGUUUCAAAGCGAAUUGUGGUCCGUCGUGCCAGGAACGGACCAAGACAGCCUUCAACCAAGUUGA